ACUAAUCAUAAUUUAAUAACGUACUUAAAAAAUAUUGUUAUAUAUCACGCAAAGAUUUCCCUCUCUCUUUCUCUUCCAUUUAUAAUAAAUCAUCAGAAACCCUUCUUCUCUCUCCAUACUGCCCGCGCUCGCGCCUCUUCGAGAUCCACCGCUGCGCCUCCUUUUACGUCGUCCAAACCCUAGAUUCCGUCGCCGGGGCUGCGGCGGCUUUUCAGCGCUCCAAGGGAAGCUUCGGGGUAGAGAGAGUUCCGAAAAAUCCGGUUCCUUUCUCGUGCUCUCUGCAGCUAAUACGAUUUUCUUCCAGGUCGUUUGGUGAGAUCGGAGAUGGCGGCGGCAGCAGAGGUAGCAGCACAGCCACCAGUUACUGCCGAAGUUGUUGGGAACGCAUUUGUGACUCAGUAUUAUCACAUUCUGCAUCUCUCGCCGGGGCUUGUUCAUCGGUUUUAUCAGGACGUAAGUAAGCUUGGUCGGCCAGAAGAGGAUGGCUCCAUGACCAUCACCACCACUAUGCAAGCCAUAAAUGAGAAGAUUCUUGCCCUCAACUAUGGUGAUUUCAGAGCAGAGAUCAAGUCAGUAGAUUCUCAAGAGUCCUUUAGUGGUGGAGUUAAUGUUCUAGUAACUGGCUAUAUGACAGCGAAGGACAACUCAGGCCGCAAUUUUGCACAGUCUUUUUUCCUUGCACCUCAGGACAAGGGUUACUUUGUCUUGAAUGAUAUGUUUCGGUAUCUAGAUAGUUCCCCUUCGUACCCAGCCGUGGUCAAUGAAAAUGUGGCACUUACAUCUCCCGAGCCAGUUCCUGCUGCCCCAACAACAGUUCCGGAGAAUAAUGUUCCUGCCUCUGAGAAUAAAACACCUCCCGCAGAAGAAGAUGUGGUAGAAGAAGUUUGCAAUCCAUCUGAGAAUGGUGAUGUGCCAAUUGUUGAAGAAGAAGUCCCGGUGGCUGAGGUUGUUGAUGAAGUAGAAGAUGACACACAGAUGAUUGUUGAAUCCAGUGCCAAAAUUGAGGAAUUGCCAAAGAAAUCUUAUGCCUCUAUUGUGAUGCAUCUCAAGGAAAGUGUUGCAUCUUCCCCACCUCCACAAGUGGCUCCUCGGAAAGCUCCACCAAAGAUUGUAGAGCCAGUGCAUCCACCUUCUGCCCCAGCAGCUGAUGGACCUAUUUCUGGUUCAGAAUUUGUUGAUAAUGGAAACAACCCAGAGGGUGAAGCUGAUGGUUAUUCAAUAUACAUAAAGGGCCUCCCUAUGAAUGCUACUGAGAGCUUACUUGAGGAAGUAUUCAAGAAAUUUGGCACUAUCAAGAGUGAUGGAAUUCAAGUUAGGAGCAACAGACAACAAGCCUUCUGUUUUGGCUUUGUUGAAUUUGAGGAGGCAAGUUCUGUACAAAAAGCUCUGGAGGCUUCUCCAGUGACAAUUGGUGUACGCCAAGCAUUUGUUGAGGAGAAGAGGUCUACGAACACUCGAGGAAAUGCCAAGGGGAGAUUUCAAUCUGGAAGGGGUUCUGGAUUCAGAAAUGAGGGAGUAAGAGGACGUGGGAACUACGGAGGUGGAAGGGGUUACGGCAGGGGUGAUUUCAAUGGCAGGGGCGAGUUUGGUGGCAGGGGUGGGAGGUCCUCAAAUCGUGACGGAUAUCAGAGGUCUGAAAACAUGAGCAGCAAUGGAGGCGGUGGCCGCAUGAACCGCACUGGUGGCUUUGCCAAUGGCAACGCAAAGAGUAUGACGCCUCGGGUUUCUGCUACUGCUUGAGCGAUGAAGGUAGUGAGCGUGUUUAUUUUAGUUUUUUUUUUUUUUUUAUUUCUAGGGAAUUUUACAUGGUCAAGAUUAUUUUUGCCCGAAAGUGUUCAAUAUCGCCGAAUAGCUAGCCCUCUUCUUGCCGGUUUUGUUCACAGUUUUCCCAUUCUUGGGUAUAGUUUUAUCAGUAGAUGAGAUUAUGUAGGUCUUUUUUUUUUUUUUGGAAUUAGCAUAUUGGCUGAUGAAAAAAUUCGAAGCUUUUUUUGUAUUGGGCCCCAUUCAUUGGAAUGAAACUUGGUUUCCCGUUA